AUGAUGAAUCCUAUUAGACCAAGUGGUAAUGAGAUCGACAACAGUGUUGUCCUGGAGCGCCUUCUUAUCUCAUUCGAUGACACUGUGCAAGGGAACCUUAUUGCCUGCAUAAAAGGAAGCUACUUUGUGCUGGCGCUCCUUCGCACGCGUAUGUCUAAUCCGCGAGUUGCGUCGAGUCAAAUCAUAGAUGGAAAAUUCCAAUCUGGUUCGAAUCGGAUUAUGUAUAGUUGCAUACUUGCAUUCAUUUGUCCCAAAUCUAAUAAGGACCCUCUUCCCUUUGUCUUGAAUAAUGGCUCAGAAAUCCAUCUAGAAAGCAUGUCGGCAAAGUUGACGAGAAUUGGUAACAAGCGACGAAGACAGGACUUAAUUUUCGUGAGCUUAGCAUUAUCCAAAUGGGUUCAAUUCAAAGGCGCAUCAUCAUCAUCAUCUACAGACACAAUGUGA